ACAACAUGUGUUGACGAAAGACGCCCGCAUUGCUAUAUCUUCACGUAUAGCUAGCCGACGAUUUUGCAUUGUCCUAUAGCCUACACGAUGCUCGCAGAUGUUUACUUUUUUUAUCAUAAGCUACAAAAAUUAAUUGGUAGCUAUAGCUAGCUAUGACUAGCAAUAUAAGUUUCUCGGUAGCGAGCUGAGUCGAUUAACGUUAGCUAGCUAGCCUACAGUAAUGCAAUGGGACGCGACUGCUAGCAGUGCUAGCUGGAUAGACAUAUUCUGUAGCCAGCCAACCUUAGUCUAGCUAUUGUCGAAUAAAGAUAGCCUUGCUAAAAUCAAGCACAACGUUAUAUCCUAGCUAGCUAACUUGGCAAAUAUUUAGUUAAGUGGGAGCUAACAGUUACGGAUAGCUAAAUGUGAAGCGGGGCUAGUAACGUUAGCUACUACGCUUGGUCUCACAAGUUAAUCAGCUGUCGAAGCGUUAGUUCACUUGCUAGCCCGAGACAGAACCUGCUAACUAUGAAAUACAUAUUUAUUUAGUAAUGUACACAUGACUGUUCAUUCGGAUAACAGGUUAACGAUAUUAUAGCCAAUGUUCAGACCUGCUAAAUAACAUGUUGACGUGUACAGAACUUACUAGCAUGCCUGCUAUCAUUUGCUCUAGUCGCGAGGUCAUGUCUAGCUAGUCUCACAUAAUUCGUAAAAUUGAGCAGUGCACUGACUAUUUGCUUUUUGGCUAAACCUAGCUAGCAGUUCAUUGUUACUAGCUAGGUAACGUUAGCGUGUUCAAUUCAUGGAAGGAUGGAUAGAAUGUUGAUGCUCUCCAGCUGGCUUGAAUGGCUGAGUGUUGGGGGUAAAGACUCUGCUCUGAGGGGGGACAGAGAAGAGGAGUAGAAGGGCACCGCGGUACGAAGCAGUCAGUGGUGUUCUUGAAGAAAUGGACCAGGACUACGAGAGACGCCUUCUGAGGCAAAUCAAUCAUCAGAAUCCAUCAGAACGCCGACUAGCCAAAUCAGGGUGUGCAAGCUCAAGUCCAGUAAGUGUUAAGUUGGGAGACCGCUUCAUACCCACCCGUGCUGGCAGCAACUGGAGUGUUAACUUCCACUGUGCCAAUGAGAACUGCAGAUCUCCAAACCAGAAUCAUAAAGCUAAGGAGGCUGGCUCGGACACGGGAAAAGAUGCUGUGGCGUAUGCUGCACUACUGAGGAAUGAGCUGCUGGGGGCCGGCAUUGAGGCAGUGGCAGACCCACACGCUGAUGGCCGCAGGCAUGCCCUCCCAACUGAAGGCACUCACAGUCUCUUCAGGUACACCAUCCACACAAAGAGAGUGCCUUGUGACAGUGGGAAUGAAGUCUCGCCCUACUCCCUGUCUCCACUCAGCAACAAGAGUCACAAACUCCUACGCUCUCCUCGCAAACCAGCCCGAAAGAUCUCCAAGAUACCAUUCAAAGUCCUGGAUGCGCCAGAGCUGCAGGACGACUUUUACCUCAACCUGGUGGACUGGUCGGCAGGAAAUCUGCUGAGUGUGGGGCUGGGGGCCUGUGUGUACCUGUGGAGUGCCUGCACCAGUCAGGUGACAAGACUGUGUGACCUGUCGGUGGAUGGAGAUUCCGUGACCUCAGUGUGCUGGAACGACCGGGGAAGUCUGGUGGCGGUGGGGACCCAUAAAGGCUACGUCCAAAUUUGGGACGCCGCAGGAGGGAGAAAGCUAACCAGCCUAGAGGGCCAUUCUGCUCGCGUUGGUGCCCUGGCCUGGAAUGGGGAUCAGCUGUCCUCUGGCAGUCGGGAUCGGGUGAUUCUGCAGAGGGACGUGCGUACGCCCCCACCCGCCGAGAGGCGGCUGCAAGGACACCGGCAGGAAGUGUGCGGUCUCAAGUGGUCACCUGACCACCAACACCUCGCCUCGGGAGGAAACGACAACAAGCUCCUGGUGUGGAACAGCUCCAGCCUGCUCCCGGUGCAGCAGUAUAGUGACCACCUGGCUGCGGUGAAGGCUAUCGCCUGGUCGCCACACCAGCACGGGCUCCUGGCCUCCGGCGGCGGCACGGCAGACCGCUGCCUCCGCUUCUGGAACACCCUGACGGGGCAGGCCCUGCAGAGCACGGACACCGGCUCACAAGUGUGCAACCUGGCCUGGUCCAAACACGCCAACGAACUGGUCAGCACGCACGGCUACUCUCAGAACCAAAUCCUGGUGUGGAAGUAUCCGUCCCUGACGCAGGUGGCCAAACUGACCGGGCACUCCUACAGAGUGCUUUACUUGGCUGUAUCUCCAGAUGGCGAGGCCAUUGUUACGGGGGCUGGCGAUGAAACGCUGAGGUUCUGGAACGUCUUCAGUAAAACGCGAUGCACCAAGGAGUCCAAGUCAGUCCUGAACCUUUUUACGAGGAUACGAUAGUAAGAGACACUGGGGAGGACCAGCAAAACCCCAUCAUCCAGUGCAGGAGCCAUCAGUGACUGGGAAACAGACUUUAUCCCUUCAGAGUUCAGUACAAGUCACCAACCACUGCUGAAUGGAGCCUCCCGAGAACUCUGUGACUUUGAGCUUUUAUACUAAAGACAGUCAACCAUGGACCUCCAUAUUUUUAAGUAUGCAAUGUGUUGUCAAUAUUAAAACUAGAGGAAGGACUCUUGGAAAAUGGAAA